GGGCCUAUGUGAGGGGGGAGUCUUGAUGUUCGUUCCCAGAGGUGGGGAGUUAGCGGGUGAGGGUUGCGUGGGUCAUGUUUCACGAGGAGGCCAACGUCACCUGAAGCAUAAUAAUUUCACAUCAACUUCCAUUGGUACUGAAUCACCCAGACUAUUAGUGACAAGCAGAGCCGUGAAUAAUAUGGUGUUAUACACAUAUACAUAGUUAUCUCGUUUGGUCAGCAGCCGUCAUCGCGUGCUAUUCAUACGAGCCACUGCUGCAGGACUCCCCGCAAACCAGUGCGAGAAAUCCAUCCAGUUAGUCGGGUUUGUGUGAGUGUCAUCUAAGCUGCUCCGUCACAGGCUCAGCGCUCGGUGCACCGCGGACCGCACGUCGACGCCUGCCAGCCACCGCCAACACAGGGGCAAAGGGAAUGGCAACUUGUGCCUUGUGGAUUAGUCAUUGCGACAGGGCACAAGGAUAUAUAUUGUGCGGCAUAUUCUUAUGAGUAGUACACAGCGUAAGGAAAUACUGUGAGCUAUGCGUAUAGUUAUAGAAAUACAUAGUGCCUUGUCGUCAGCAUGUAGGACUACAUCAUGAAACAGUAUUGCCCACACUGGUUAUCGUGUACAGCCUGCCCGUGCCCCAGCUGUUGCCCCCGCGCCCCCCAACUAGUGCCGCCCCGUUACCACCACCACCAUAGCCGCGGAUCAUGCAGUCUGCCUGGCGUGAAGUUUAUCUGCUGCUGCUGCUGAGUGCAGCGAGCCUCGGUGUGGUGGUGCAGCAGGUGGUCACAAGGGGCCCCGCUGUGGCCGGCCAGGCGGUGCAGCUGGAGUGCCUGUGGUCCCGGGGCAGCGGGCCGCCCCUCUACUCCCUGCGCUGGUGCAAGGACGGGGACCAGUUCUUCGUGGUCACCUCCGUGCCCGAGCCUCGCAAGGUGCUGUUCCCCGUGCCCGGCGUGCAGGUGCUGGUCGGGGCUUCGGACGAGCACCGCGUGACGCUCACCAACCUGACGCAUGCCGCCUCGGGGACCUACACCUGCGAGGCAAUGAGCGACGGCCCCGCCUUCUUCUCCAGCGCCCGCUCCACCCGCCUCGCCGUGCUGGAGGUCCCCGCCGCCGGCCCCACCUGGCGCGGGUUACAAAGCACCUAUCACCUGGACCAGCACCUCCAGGCCCACUGCCACGUCUUCGCCUCCCGACCCCCGGCGCUCUUCACCUUCCUCGUCAACGGCCUCAUGAUCACCAGGCAGAGUGAGUGGCACAGGUGGAACCCUCCCAUAGAGCAGCCCCAAGAGUUUGUGUGGAACUCCUCCUCCACACUGUCAGUUCCCCUCAGCUUAGAGAACAUCCAGAAACUGUUCCCUCAAGACGAGCCCAAACACACAACUCACAAGGCACUCUCUCUGGUCAGUGCCAAUGGACCUCGGUAUCAGCCUGAGUCAGUGUGGCCGUCCCAAUACCAAGAAUAUCGCACGACUUUUGUCUCCAGUUUGCAGGCCUCGCACAGUCACACCCAAUACAGGUCUGCCUCACUCCUCGCUUCACAGCCUACCCACACCCAAGGGCUCUCGUUUCCCCCCAACAUGCUGCGGCUCAACCUGACAUGCAUAGCAGAAGUGGGGGAGCUCUCCUUCAGAUCCACGGCCUGGUCUGUUGUCUCCCUCCCAACGCUGGUCCACCCCAACGGCUUAACAAGGUCAUCAGGAAAUGCAGGCUUCCAGCACAUCCCAUCCCUUGCUCUGUGCAUUCUGCUGGCCCUCUACUGCCUGGGAAGAAAUGUCUACAUAACUUGAGAAGGACAAACCAAGUGGACAGUCCAUCUUGUGCAGCACAGCACGAGGCAUUAUUUCUGCUGUGCUAAUUGGAAUGUUGGCUCCAGCAGGCUUCACUGAGCUUCACCUCCAGCCAGAAGUGCCCUGCUGCUGGCUCCUGCCCUUGCCGAGGAUGACUUCACCCCCGUGGUCAGUAAGAAGCCACGGCACUGCUUAGCAGAGCACAAACUCCCAUACGACCACCAUGGCAUCCUGCUUCUACCACCUGUCCCUCACUUCUUUUUGUUUUUUGUUGUUUACUUCAAGAAGGAUUCUGAUACAACUACGACAAAGUUGUGGCAACAGAGGCAGCUCAGUGGGACCUCUGCCUAAAGAAUGUCCUAAACAAGGAUGGGAGCUUGGUCCUGAUUCCUCAGGACAAAGCUUCAUUGCUCCAGUUAAAGACCCUUGCCACCAACAAAGCCAUCUUGAAAAUCAUUGAGCAGAAUGGAGAAAAGUCAGUGAAGGCUGUUGUUAUCAGCCUCCCACUGAGGAUUCCGAAAUAUAUCUCCUGAUGCACCAUCCUCAGGUGGAGGAAGCUGUCCAUCGCCAGUGGCCCUCCAGGAGGAGGUGAUGAGACAGGUAAUACUAUACUCUUUCAUUUAUAGCUUGUAACUGGAGCACAGGCAGCUUUGGUUAGCCAGUGAUUGGACAGUACCUGAGCCAACCUUUUACUGCUCCAUUUGGCCUCCACACUACAACCUUUACUUCUGUUCACUGUAAUUCAUUUUUAUACCUCUGCUUGAUUUUCCUAGAGCAUUUUUUGUCUUGUGUGUACUAAUUGGAAUGGUAGAGUACAUGCAAAUUGACCACACUUUAUACUGUGGUGGACCUGCCUCUUGCCCAGCAUUGUUGACUACAUAACCAAGAUGUGUAACACAAAAGGUGCCACAGUCAAGGCCUAUACUGCAUGUUCCUCCUAAUGACUAGCUUUGUUACAGAUAUCACAGUGUGCUUGUGCUUCCUUACAUUGUAGUACAACCAUGUGCAAAUGCUGAGAUUAAUUUCAAUGUUAUUAUAUAAAUAUACUUUCUCUUCAAAGCAGAAA